AUGGACACCUGGAGGCUCCCCUCGCUGUCUCGAGGAGACAGUCUCGCAGCAGUUGUGUUCUCAUGGGUCGGCAUCUUGUCCUGUCUCAGCGUUAUCUACAGCGCGGUCAGCUUCGUCUCGCCAUACUUCAGGCCCUCCAAGCUCAACCGCUACCUCCACGAGACCGACGGAAAGCCGGCCUGGGCCCUUGUCACGGGAGCUUCAGACGGUAUAGGGAAACAGUUCUGCCACCAGCUCGCCGCCCACGGCUUCAACGUCGUCCUGCACGGCCGCAACCCAACUAAGCUAGCCCGGGUCCACGAUGAGCUCGUCAAGGCCUUCCCCCAGCGCCAGUUCCGCUCCCUGAUCGCAGAUGCCUCGGCCAUUCACUGCAACAACUGCCGCCCGUCGCUGGCUGCUUCGCCGGCCAAGUCCACGCGGAGCCACACUACCAAUACCCAGCCAAGCAACAUCGACUUCGACGCCAUCGCCACGUCGCUGGCAGACAUCAACCUCACCGUGCUCGUCAACAACGCCGGCGGCGGCGUCGUGAACCCGGUCUACCAGUUCCUCCAGGACUCCCCCGAGGCCCGGCUCGUGGGCAACAUCAACGUCAACGCCAUCUUCCCGCUCGUCCUGCAGUCCAAGCUGCUGCCCCAGCUGCUGCGCAGCAGCCCCUCGCUCAUCCUGAACAUCGGCUCCAUGUCCGACAUGGGGCUGCCCAUGCUGGCGUCGUACGCCUCGAGCAAGAAGUUCGGCGACACCGCCUCGCACAUCAUCGCCCGCGAGCUGGCCCUCCAGGGCCGCCAGCGCGACGUCGAGGUCCUGGCCGUGCGCGUCGGCGAGGUCACGGCCACCUCGUACAACUCCCACCCCGUGUCCUUCUUCGAGCCCGAUGCUGCUACCAUGGCGCGGGCUGCUCUGGCGAGGGUCGGCUGUGGGCGCGUCGGCAUCGUGGGCUACUUUCCUCAUGCGCUGCAGCAGCUUGGAUUGGAUCUGGCCCCGGCGUUUAUAAUGGAGAAGUCCAUGCAAAAUGUCAUCCGAGAGCGAUGGAGGCAGGACCAGGAGAUGAUGAAGAAUGCUUGA